GGGAAGGGCAGGUGGUCUUGUCUGAUGAGUCUGGGGAGAGACCCAGCCUCGGAGCCCGGUCUCCCUGGUAGAGUGGGGACAGAGCAUGCACCUGUCUGCCCGGCUGCACCCUGGGCCCCCAGGACGGCCCUGGCUGGGCCUGGCGGGGUUCUGCCCGCCUGUCUCCCGCUGACAUCCUGCUCUGUGGGGAGGGACCUCCUUGAGUGCACAAUAAUGAUUAACUCCACCCGGGAGACUCUAGCAUUCUUCCCAAAUUAAACUUUAAAAGAGUGCCCCCCCAGUAGGUGUUUUUCCCGAGUGAGGGAGUGGGCGGGGCCUCAGGGGCCCUGGGUCCUCCCCUCAACUGCAGGUCACCGGGGAGUCUCCCACCUCACCUGGUCUCUGGCCCUAGGAGCUCCCCCGAAGGUGAAGCUUCCCCCACCACAUUCUGUAGCGGUGGGGGUGGGGCGGGGAGCACGGGCCCCCCCGGGGACCGCCGCCACACCCCAGCCCCUCCCCCCGCCCUGGGAAGCUCGGACGGUGGCCUUGUUUUCUGUCCGCCCUAAACACCGGGCCCUGCCCCCUGCCCUUGGGGCCAGCCAGCUGUCAUGGAGCUGGAUCUGUCUCCGCCUCAACUCAGCAGCUCUCCGGAAGACCUGUGCCCAGUGCCAGGUACCCCUCCUGGGACUCCCCCGCUGCCCGACGCCUCUCUGCCCGGGGAGGUGAAGAGGUCCCAGCCUCUGCCCAUCCCGCCCAGCAGGAGACUCCGAGAGGAGGGGCUUCAGGCAAGCUCCCUGCCCUCCAUCCCCAACCCCUUCCCGGAGCUCUGCAGUCCUCCCUCGCAGGCUCCCAUCCUUGGGGGGUCCGCCAGCGCAAGGGGGCUGCUUCCUCGAGACACCAGCCACGUGGUGAAGGUGUACAGUGAGGACGGGGCCUGCCGGUCGGUGGAGGUGGCGGCGGGUGCCACGGCCCGCCACGUGUGUGAGAUGCUGGUGCAUCGUGCCCACGCCCUGAAUGACGAGAACUGGGGACUGGUGGAGUGUCACCCCCAUCUAGCACUGGAGCGGGGUCUGGAGGACCACGAGUCCGUGGUGGAAGUGCAGGCCGCCUGGCCCGUGGGCGGAGACAGCCGCUUCGUCUUCCGGAAGCACUUCGCCAAGUACGAACUCUUCAAGAGCUCCCCGCACUCGCUGUUCCCGGAGAAGAUGGUCUCCAGCUGCGUGGAUGCGCACGCAGGCGUCUCCCACGAAGACCUCAUCCAGAACUUCUUGAACGCCGGCAGCUUCCCCGAGAUCCAGGGCUUCCUGCAGCUGCGGGGGUCGGGCCGCAAGCUCUGGAAACGCUUCUUCUGCUUCCUGCGCCGGUCUGGCCUCUACUACUCCACCAAGGGCACCUCCAAGGAUCCCAGGCACCUACAGUACGUGGCUGACGUGAACGAGUCCAACGUGUACGUGGUGACCCAGGGCCGCAAGCUCUACGGGAUGCCCACAGACUUCGGCUUCUGUAUCAAGCCCAACAAGCUUCGCAGUGGCCACAAGGGGCUCCGAAUCUUCUGCAGUGAGGAUGAGCAGAGCCGUACCUGCUGGCUGGCCGCCUUCCGCCUCUUCAAGUAUGGGGUGCAGCUAUAUAAGAAUUACCAGCAGGCACAGUCUCGCCACCUGCGCCCGCCCUAUCUGGGUUCCCCACCCUUGAGGAGCGUGUCAGAUAAUACCCUGGUGGCCAUGGACUUCUCUGGCCACGCCGGACGUGUCAUCGAGAACCCUCGGGAAGCUCUGAGUGCCGCCCUGGAGGAGGCCCAGGCCUGGCGGAAGAAGACCAAUCACCGGCUCAGCCUGCCCACGCCGUGCUCCGGCACCAGCCUCAGUGCAGCCAUCCACCGCACUCAGCCCUGGUUCCAUGGGCGCAUUUCCCGUGAGGAGAGCCAGCAGCUCAUUGGGCAGCAGGGCCUGGUGGACGGCCUGUUCCUGGUCCGCGAGAGCCAGAGGAACCCUCAGGGCUUUGUCCUCUCCUUGUGCCACCUGCAGAAAGUCAAGCACUAUCUCAUCCUGCCGAGCGAGGAGGAGGGCUGCCUCUACUACAGCAUGGACGAUGGCCACACGCGCUUCACCGACCUGCUGCAGCUCGUGGAGUUCCACCAGCUAAACCGGGGCAUCCUCCCGUGCCUGCUGCGCCACUGCUGCACCCGCGUGGCCCUCUGACCGCCGCGUGGACCCGGCAUCAGUGCUCGGAGGCUCCCCGACUCCAGCGAGCUACUCUGCGCCGGUGCCUCCCCAGGCAGGGAAUCCCCCCCCCCCCCCCGCCAGGCCACCGUCAACCUUUCUUCCCGAGGGGAGGCACUUGGUGGCCGCCCUCACAGAAGCCCUGGGGCACUGGUCUGGGCAGGGCCUUGUGGGGGAACGGGGCAGGCCAGGUGGUCGUUUGCCCCACACCUUGUACAGACUGAGAGGCCAGUUGAUCUGCUCUGUUUUAUACUAGUGACAAUAAAGAUUAUUUUUUGAUACA